UUUUUUUUUCAAAUUUAAAACACAUUUCCGCAAAGUUUCCAAGCAUCAGUCGCAUCACUUAAUCGGGUUUUUUUUAGGACUUACAAAGUUUAUAAAAAUGAGUGAAAUCAAACCAAACGAUUCAGCUCCAACUGAAGACAGCGGAGAGGAGAAGGACUGGGCUGAGGCCAAAGCUUUUUUUGACAAUCUCAAAACAAACAAACCGAGACCUCCUAAACCCCAGUAUGCUGUCACCAUCGCGGUCUCGUCUCGCACCCUCUUCAACAUGGUGGCAGAGAGGAAGAUCUACGAGGAAGAAGGAUUGGAGAAGUACGUGGCUUAUCAGGUGGAGCACGAAGGAGAGCCGCUGAUGCCAGGAGCUGCUUUCCCCUUCGUUAAGGCGCUGAUGCAAGUCAACUCACGACUGAGGGAUCUCUACCCGGACAGCGAGGAGCUGUUUGAUAUCGUCCUAAUGACCAACAACCACGCCCAAGUUGGAGUACGCCUCAUUAACAGCAUUAAUCACUACGAUCUGACCAUAGAGAGAUUCUGUAUGACCGGAGGGAAAAGUCCUAUAGGCUACCUAAAGGCCUACAUGACAAACCUCUACCUCUCCAAGGACUCGGAGAAAGUCACAGAGGCCAUAGAGGAAGGCAUUGCUGCAGCCACAAUGUUUUCGUCCAUGAGGGAGAAUGAGUUGAGCGACACUCAGCUGAGAGUGGCGUUUGAUGGCGACGCCGUCCUCUUCUCAGACGAGUCCGAUAACAUCACGCAGGAACAAGGCCUGGACACUUUCCUUGCUCACGAGAAGGAGUAUGAGAACAAACCUCUCCCACAGGGUCCCUUAAAGUGUUUCCUGGUGGCUCUGGGGAAGCUGCAGAGAAAAUUUUACGCCAAGAAUGAGCGCAUGACCUGCCCCAUCCGGACCUUCCUGGUGACGGCCCGCGGUGAGGCCAGCUCCAAGAAUCGAGUCCUGAAGACUCUCCGCAGCUGGGGCCUGGAGAUCGACGAGGCUUUCUUUCUGGAGGGGGCUCCCAAAGGGCCCCUGCUGCAGAAAAUCAAACCGCACAUCUUCUUUGACGACCAGAUGUUCCACAUCGAGGGGGCCAAAGAACUGGGAACCAUAUCUGCACACGUCCCCUACGGGAAGUACCACAAGGAGAAACCCAUCGAGCAGCCUGCGAAAAAGGAAUAAAACUGGCUGAAAUAUUAAAUAUCCACUACGCUCCAAAAUAAAAUCUUGCAUUCCUGAAAAAUAAAAAAGAAUACCAGCAAUUUUAAAAGGUUGAGGUUAUUAAGUGGUAAUGUCAUCUACAAAGUUUCCUGUUUUGGGGGUUUUUAUAAAAUAUUUUCUACUGUUUUCAUGAGGUUAAAGUUUUAUUGAUGAGUGGGGUAAUGUAUUUUCAAAUCAAGAUUGACACCAGAUGCCACAAACUAUUUCACUGAAUACUGUUCUGGAGAAUAAACAGCUGUCCCUUCUAACUGUACUAUCUGUGUACCUGUUCACCUUUAGAGGGAGCUUAUUUUCUCAUUUACAUUUAAGUUUAUGUCCAGUACACUUUUAUACAAUAAACAUGUCAUUUUCUUUAUCUUGGUUUUAGCUAUUGUACCUUGGCAUAAUCAUUGCGGGAGAAUAUAUCUGCUGUAGUAGUUUUGUUUUCUUCUGCAUUGACUCUUUAAUAGACUUCAAGCUCAUACGCCAGGUCAAAAUUACUAAAAUAAUUGGUGUCUGGAAUUAUUUUGGUAAUUUGUUUGGGCAUAUUAAUAUCAGCUUUUAGUUUUAAAAGAGCAUUUCUAAGGGUAGAAUGUCUAUGGCUUACAGGGAACACUAACGCAUUUUUUCUUUGUUACUGUCUUUGCUAUUGAUGCGCACAAACUAUAUCAAUCUUGGACUUAAAGUUUGAGGAUAUUUCUCCUCAAACUUUUUCAUACUUAUGUUAUGUGAGUUGUUUACGCUUUGAAACUGAACCUCAUUAUCAGGCAGCACACUAUAACUUCACUUUCUGUCACGUUAUAGUUCUUUUACAUAGGACUGUCUACAUAUUCUGUAUAUGUUUGCAGAUUGAAUUUGUCGUAUUUUCUUAUUGCAAAAAUAUGUAAAUGUUUUCAUAACUAUACAUCGUUGUGGAGUUCUACAGUAACACUUGUUUGUAAAUGUCAGUAUCAUGUCUGGUUACAUUCCUCAGCACCAGAUCAUGUGAUGUUACUGCGUUAAUAGUAAUCGUGUACACGAUAACAUGAUGUUUGCACCAUUUAUCUUUUUUCUGUCUAGCCUUGGCAUUUUGAGUGCAGAGAAAUAAAUGAACGUGGAGGAACCGCAAUGGCUGUUUUUGUCAGUGG